GCAACUGCAUAAUUUUCAGCGUUGGCACGCGUUAAACAACACAAAUCCUUAAACCUACACGACCUAAACCUAAUCUGCAAACUGUUUUGACUGGCUACGUCUGAAUUCGUGCUUGGAUAAAAAUCAGUUUGAUAUUAAUAACGAUGUUUGUUUACGACAGUUUUAUUUCUAUCAGAGAAUGACUAGUCUCUAAACCUUAAGUCUAGAAGCAUUUGGUCCAGUGCCAUUCAGACUUCUUCACAACAUUACACAGAGUUUGGGUGGACACUACAUUGCUCAAAUGGACCUUCACCGGACUGCUUUUAAGAUGGAGAACUCCUCCUACAUGCCCAAUCCGCUGACCUCCCCUGCUCUCAUGGUCCUGGCCUCAACAGGUGAGGCUGGACGUGGUGCCUCUGUACCUUGUCAGCCUCCACGGCCAUUUGGUGUGCCAGUCACUUUGGAAAAAGAUAUGCAUCUCUCAUUCCCCAGUGGUUCUUACACUUUUGCCUCCAUGUACCAUCGCCAAGGAGGUUUCCCUACACGAGACUUUCCCACCCCUCUUCUCCACCUUCACCCACAGUUUGCUCCACCCAAUCUUGACUGCUCUCCACUGGGUAUGCUCAACCAUGGAGGGGUGGGGGCCUUCCGGCCUUUCUCCUCCCCACCAGAGGAGCGUGAUGGUGGGGGAUACCAGUCUGCCUUCCUCCCUGCCAAGCGCUUGAAGGGAUGUCUGGAACCAGAGGCAGCACCCCACCUCCGCUACACAGAUGUGGAGGGGAAAGAAUUUGACUUUGGGGGUGCUUAUGUCCCUACUGGUUCUCCAAGUGCCCUGAAGGUAGCUGAGGAUGUUGGGAAGAAGCUCUUUGGCUUGCCUGGGCUGUUGGCAGAUGCACAGACUUCAUCUGGCCCAGAGGAGCACAAAGAAACAUGUAAAUUGAAGGGCCUGUAUGACACUCAGACUCCAGUGUGUCCAAUCUGUCAGACUGUGCUGCGGCCAGGAGAGCUGCAAGAACACAUGGAACAGGAAAUGGAGCGACUUAUGCAGAUGCACCACAGUAUGGGUCCGGCUCAAAAGGAUUGUCUUGCUGCUGGUCCGCCUAAGUCUCUGUUCUCGAUCCACAUAAAGAAAGAGGGGUCUUCCUCUGCUUCCUCUCCACGUCCUGCUGAUGAGGCUGUGCACUCCGACAGGUACCAGACAUUUUUGCGAGUCCGAACAAACAGGCAAACAAGGCUCAAUGUUAAGGAGCUCUGCUGGUGCAGGUGCUACGCCAAACAGAAAGUGAAAUCUAUUAAUGACUAUGGAUUCCCACAUGUAUCUUCCUGCCCAUUGUCUGCACGCAUCGGGAAAUUUAAAAGACGUAAAGCGGAGGAGGACCAGAGAGACGGCAUGUGUGUUACUGAAGAUGGCUCUGUGGUGUCAGCCGGCAGUGAGUUUGAAUGGGCUGAACAGAGAAGAAUACAGAUGGUUUCUGUUCUCAGAGGCUUCAGAGGUUUGGUGAGCAGUACAUUCAAAGAGCACCAAGACAGUGAUGCAGAUCUGGACGUGGAUGGUGAUGAUACUUUGGAGUAUGGAAAAGCCCAAUACACAGAGGCAGAUGUGAUUCCCUGUUCAGGAAAUGAACCCAGAGAUUCAGAGGAGAGACAGGCGCAGAGAGGAGAUGUUUUAAAUGGGGAGACAACCAGAAGAUUAUCUCCAGAUCGAACCAAGUUGGCAAACACAGAAACUCCAACUACAAGUAAUGGAGAGUUUGACAACAACACAAGCACAACAUCUCCAAGAACCUGCAAUAACAGCGAGUUUGAAAUAGUAUGGGAUGACCCCUCCCUCAGCACGCUGGAGGCCCUAAAAACACGGAUCAGAGAUUUGGAGAAGCAGCUCACGCGAGGGGACAGAUUCAAGUGUCUCAUCUGCAUGGAUUCCUACACAGUACCGCUCACCUCCAUCCAGUGCUGGCAUGUCCAUUGUGAAGAAUGCUGGCUUCGCACUCUGGGAGCAAAGAAACUGUGUCCACAGUGCAACACUAUCACCUCACCUGGUGACCUAAGACGAGUGUAUUUGUGAUUAUAGCUGGCCUGUCAUCUGCCUGUUUGCACUCCACACAAACUGAUCAAUUUUACUGAGCAGAACCCUUCCUGGGCCAAUGCAAAGCUUAGAGGACAUUGUGCCCUACAGGGGAAUGAAUGCUGGCAUUAUAUAUGUUCCUGUUGGAAUGCAACCCAGUUAGGUGAACACCACUGUGUGUCCAGUUUUCAUUUCUUGAUGAAAUGGUAAAGUUUUAUGGUAUACAUUUUCACAAAUAUCAUGCUGUAACAAUAUUGUAAGGAUGGUAAAUUGAUCACAAAAUGGUGUUUCUAUGUAUAGAAUAUUUUUGAUCAUGAAUAAAAUAUUGUAUUUAAGUUAUUCUCCUAGAGAAAGAUCUAAAGCAAUCUGUCCAAUAGUUUUGUGAAUGUUUACAGCAAACACUGAAGAGUUUUUUUUUUUUAAUUGGAUCUAGUGGUGUUGAUAUCUUAAACGGUAAAGAGUUAGCCUUUUAAUCAUUCAUAAACUGAAUAUUGAAUCGGGUACAUUUAUUGUUCAUACUGUAAUUUAAUAGUUUCCACCUUAAGAACUAUAACUUAAUGGGAUCUUUUAAAUACGGUUUAAGAUACAUUCUCUUACGAUACUUUUGAGGUGAUGUACUAUGUGUAAUAUCGUGUAAUUGUUUAUCUUAUGCAUUUAAAAAAAAAAAAAAGAAGAAGUUAUUUUUUUGUCUCAUGAUCCCACUUUCUGUCACUCUUAUCCCAAGCAUGCUUACAAUUACAGAGACAGGAGACUAGUUCAAAGUAUACUUGGCGCGUUAGCAUUGCUGAUCGCUCUGCGCACAGUAUGCGUGAUGGAAAUGUCAGCAUGAUGCAGUCCGCGCAGCUUGACCACGCGCCGGCAUGAUUUUGUAGACUUGCACACGCGGUCAUCAGAUAUCAGUAGCCUACUGAGAUAACAACCUUCAAGGUUCUAUCAUUGGAGAAAGCGUAACGGUCAACUAGCAUUUUAGGACAGUUUGCUGAUGCUAUACAAAUUACUGGAGAGAGCCGUAAACUGACACCUUCCGGUCGUAAAAUCGUCUGUGACUUCUGUUAUAAAACAGCAAUUUGAUCAUUGUAAACUCCACACAUAGUUCACUCCAAAAUUAUUGUUUAGGUUAAACUUGUUAGCAUUAGCGGACAGGCGGUUAAUUCAUUAAAUGAUGAGCCGUUUCCUCACAAAAGCAGUUUAUUCAACGUUCUGAAGCAUCUCCUCUUUAGACAUCAAAUAAAAAAACGGCCUCUACCACCAUAGAAUGUCUAUGUAACUGCCGCGUUACUCUAAUCUAUUCUAACCUUGUUGGCUUCCCUAUCAGAAGGACUUUGGGAAACUCAGAAAGGUAACGCGGUCGACCACGCGCGAGGCGAUCCGGAACACGCAAAAACGAAGUGUAAGAGCCUUAACUCUGCUAAAGAGUAUCAAAGAAGUUGUAGUAGGCAUGCGUCAUAUGCGUUCAUAUUCGCUCGUGAUAUGGUCAGAAUAGUAUACUCACAAAAGCAACGCGGUCGACCAGGCUCCAGCUGAUCCGGAACACGCAUAAACAUACCUGGGCUUUAAGAAUGAUGCCAAAUGUUAAAGCCAUUUCACUAAGGUUUGCAGAUUGAAAGAGUCAAUGAAUUAAACAGUUUUUGUUACUAACAGAUACUCUGACUUAAAGUACUUCCCUGUAUAUUUUCUACAUUUUUAGCUCUGGCUAGCAGGUAAUGUUGAUUCUUAAUGCAGGAUAUGGAUGCGGUAUGCUUAGUCUUCCUUACUUCUCUCCACUGCCAAUCAGAACAAACGUCUCCUAACACUGAAGGCUAAUGCAUUCGUGACUUGAAUUAACUACAACACUAACAGAAGAGGAAUUCGAUUUCCUUCUGUGGCAUUAUAGCAAUAGUUUGUUACCGUCUAGUCAAGUUACAACAAGAUCGUAAAGCACUUUUGAAAGUUAUCUAAGAUUGAAACAUA